AUGUAUCGCGACAUUGCGCACGCGGUUUAUAAGCGGGGUGAAGCCUCGGUAGGAGGCCACGAGAUGCCCGGCUGGGGUUGGGCUUUCGUGCUGCUGGAUAUCAUCGUUUUCUUGCCUCUGUUCUUGACGCUUAACUACUCCCUUCAGCAUGUUUUCCCUACACUUGCUAUCGUUGAGGACCCGUCCCCUCCGGCUUACGAACCCGUUUCAUUGAACGAAGAUACCCAGUCUCUUGCCGAAGAUAACGCUCCUGUUGCCGAUGAAGCUGCCCGUGGUGGUUCCCAGGCUCGCCUCAUCACCUCGUCCGUCCGAUCCACCUACCGUACUCUAACCGCCAUCAGCGGUUUCCGCUCCCUAUUCCGUGGUUUCGCUUGUUACCUCGCCAUGUCUUUCGCAGGCAGCGUCGUAUUCGGUAUCCUAUCUAGCGCGUUUGUACCUUCUCUCAUUGCUGCUCCAGUUUCUGCGCUGGCUCUCGUGCAGCUCUACACGGCGUGGACACAUAUUGUCAUUUCCGCGCCGAGCUCCAAGUCGUUCUGGAAGCGUCUGCCUCCUUUUGGCAAGGCAUUCCGGGCUACUGCGCUCCCCGUUGUCAUGUUCUUCUUCGCCCAGGAGCUUUCUGCCUUCGUCCCGAAGUUGCUUGCGUACGGCAUGUCCAUGAACUUGCCUAACCCAAGGAACCCUGGUGUUAUUCCCGAGGGCGACAAGAACGACAUCUGGAAGGGAGUCUUGGUUCUUCUCCUGGCUCUCGCUAUGAACGUCUUCCUCGUAAUCCCUACCCAGGUCAUUCUUACCCGAGUCCAGGCAUCCCUUCUUCCUGAUGAAGAUGAUACUAUCGUACCUUUCGACCGCUCGUUCCAGAGCAAGGUCGAGCCGGCCAUUGUUGGCGGCAAGGGUUUCGUUACAGUUAAAGAUGCCUGGGACUCGUUCCCUCGCGCAUCGUGGGUCCGACUUGUAAAAUUAUAUGUGAAGAUCUACGCAGCCGGCCUUGCCCUUGGUCUCCUUUGGAUGGCCGUCAUCGUUCCCGAAGCCAUACUCAUCAUUAGCCAUAGCAAGAAGAUUGAGUAA